CUCAUCUUAUCACUACUGACACUGUCAGACCAGGAUCGAAGAGAUUGUUACAUGGAGUGGAUAUGGGAUUGAUUAUUCUUCUCGCACAAUGCGUGGCCAUGUUCAUAGCCUCCAUGCUAGCCGGAUCCCUUCCACUCAUGUUCAACUCUGUCAUGACCGGAAAGCGAUUAAAAGCCAUCUCUGUGUUGGGAAUGGGACUUCUCGUCGGUGCAGCUUUGACAAUCAUCAUCCCAGAGGGGAUCAACACACUCUACUCUUCCGUAUCUUCCGACUCCAAAUCUGACUCCCCAGUCCACGCUAUCGGUCUCUCCCUCUUGGCCGGUUUUGCCCUCAUGCUUUUGAUAGAAUCCCUCACUCCACAUCCACCACAUUCCCUUCCUCCGUCCCCGUCAUCCAGUUCAGACUCACUCGCGAACCCACUCUACACCGAGGGAUCGGGACGUCCUUCGUUAGAGAGCGGAAGACCUCCAUCGGUACAUAUGAACAGCGCUACGGCUAUCGUAACGCGGCCCAAACGACUUCAUGUGGAUGAUGGGAAAGAUAGAGCGACCACUCAGGGUGGAAUACAUGGACUCAAUGCGACGUUGGGUUUGGUGAUACAUGGUGCUGCGGAUGGGAUAGCUUUGGGAGCCAGCAGUUUGUCAGAAAGAGGAAGUUUGGGAUUGAUCGUUUUUUUGGCUGUCAUGGUGCAUAAAGGCCCCACAGCUCUUGGCUUAACUACCACCCUCCUCUCCCUCUCCAUAUCCCCUCCGUCCAUUCGAAAACGUCUGUUCAUCUUCUCCCUCGCCGCACCACUAGGAGCCAUUCUCACGUAUCUGCUAGUGAAAGCAUUCGGCUGGAGAGGUCUGGGGAGUUCGACGAGCGAUACAGAUGGAUUAGGUUGGUGGACAGGAAUUGCAUUGUUAUUCUCUGGCGGUUCUUUCCUUUAUGUAGCCACGGUCAUUCAACCUCUUUCAUCCCCACCCGCCAAACCUCACUCACACGUUCAUCCCACUCGAAUAGACGCCUCUGAACAUUCCUCCGACUCCGAACAACUAGGACAAUAUCUCCGAACAGGCCUUUUGGUGAUCGGCAUGAUAUCACCUAUCGUACUCGCCAGCAUAGUGGGGGAUCAUGAUUGAUAUCACUGGGUUUGUAACAGUUGGAUCUUAGGGGGAAAUGAUUUGUAUAACAGGAAUGUGCAUUGCAUCGGUUCGU